CCAAAGCAAGCUCACUCACUCACUCACUCACUCAAUCACUCCCCCUCCUCCUCCUUUCUCCUCUUCUUCCUCUCUCCACUCCGACCAUUUCAAAAGCUCUCUAUUACUGAACUGGGUUUUUUUACUGUGGGUGGGAUGACGGAUUAUCGGUUACCGACGAUGAAUAUGUGGACUGAUGAUAACUCUUCGAUGAUGGAAGCUUUUAUGGUUUCCGAUUUCUCUGGUUUCGGUUGGGGUUCUUCUUCUUCAGCAACUACUGUAAUCAAUACAGCUGAGCCCUCCAAAACCUUUGCUCAACCACCUCAGACUUCGAUGUUGCUUAGUCAAGAGACGCUUCAGCAGCGUUUGUUAAGCUUAAUUGAUGGUGCUCGUGAGAAUUGGACUUAUGCAAUUUUUUGGCAGUCAUCGGUUGACAUGUCUGGUGCUUCUUUGCUUGGAUGGGGUGAUGGGUAUUACAAGGGAGAAGGGGAUAAGAUGAAGCGGAAGAGGGCGACGUCGAAGGACGAGCAGGAGCAUCGGAAGAAGGUGCUUCGGGAACUCAAUUCGUUAAUUUCUGGUAUGCCGGCUUCUUCUGACGAUGCUGUUGAUGAAGAGGUUACUGAUACGGAGUGGUUCUUUCUUGUUUCGAUGACUCAGUCGUUUAUGAACGGCGUUGGCCUUCCGGGUCAGGCGUUUUACACUUCGGCGCCGGUUUGGUUCGCCGGAAGUGAGAGGCUUGCGAACUCACCUUGUGAAAGGGCACGACAAGGUCAGGUUUUUGGGUUGCAGACGAUUGUUUGUAUUCCUUGUGCGAAUGGCGUGGUGGAAUUAGGCUCGACGGAAUCCAUUUUCCAGAGCUCGGAUCUGAUGAACAAGGUUAGGGUUUUGUUCAAUUUCGAGAAUCUAGAAAUGGGUUCUUGGCCGGCGGCGCAGACGGACCAAGGUGAUAAUGAUCCGUCCUCGCUCUGGCUCUCGGAUCCGUUAUCAUCGGUUAUGGAAAUUAAGGACUCUGUUAAUACAGCCCCAGCUGCUACUGCUACAACUUCAGUCCCUUCCAUUGUUCCUGAGAUUUCUAAAUCCAUUCAUUUCGAACACCCCAGCUCGAGUAGCUUUACAGAAAACCCCAGCUCGAUAACCAUCCAACACCAUCAUCAGCAGACGCAGACCCAGACCCAGAGCUUCUUCUCUAGGGAAUUGAACUUCUCUGAGUUCGGAAUCGAUGGAAGCACUGCAAGGAAUGGUGGUUCAUCGUACAAGCCCGAAUCCGGCGAGAUCUUAAAUUUUGGGGAGAGCAAGAGGACUUCGAGCAGUCCAAAUAGUACUCUGUUCUCCAAAAAUUCAACUCAAUUUGCUGCAGAUGAUAAGAAGAAGAAGAGAUCUGCGACAUCGAGGGGCAGUAACGAAGAAGGUAUUCUUUCUUUCGCGUCUGGUAUUGUGAAGUCAAGCUGUGGAACCGGAGAGUCUGACAACUCCGACCUUGAAGCCUCGGUUCGCGAGGCUGAAAGUAGCAGAGUAGUGGAACCAGAGAAGCGACCUCGGAAGCGUGGAAGGAAACCUGCAAAUGGCCGAGAGGAGCCACUGAACCAUGUUGAAGCAGAGCGACAGAGGAGAGAGAAGCUCAACCAGAGAUUCUAUGCUUUAAGGGCUGUGGUACCUAAUGUCUCCAAGAUGGACAAAGCUUCCCUUCUUGGUGAUGCCAUUUCCUACAUCGAGGAGCUCAGAAAGAAGCUCAAAACAGCUGAAUCCGACAAGGAGGUAUUGCAGGAUCAAGUUGAUUCCCUGAAGAAGGAGAUGGCCAGUAAAGAAUCUAGGUACUCUGGGCCAAUCGCUUCGGCAUCUGAUAAUGAUCUUAAGACCUCUAGUCAAGGAAGCAAGUUAUUGGAUAUGGAAAUUGACGUGAAGAUACUCGGCUGGGAAGCCAUGAUUCGCAUCCAGUGCAAUAAGAAGAACCACCCAGCAGCAAGGUUAAUGGCAGCUCUGAAGGAGCUAGACUUAGAUGUUCAUUACGCAAGUGUUUCCGUGGUGAAGGACCUGAUGAUCCAACAGGCUACAGUGAAGAUGUCAAGUAUGAUGUUCACACAAGAACAGCUCAGGAUUGCUCUUUGUGCUAAAGUUGGUGAUCCUCGAUGAACACUCAACAGCCCACCUCAGCUCUCACCGAAAAAUUUUAGAAUUCCGGUGAGAAAGCUAUGUAUAUUGAUACAGGACCUCUCCAUCUUUCUAGUGUGUUCCAAAAUUUAUUUUUUGGAGCUGAAUUCUGAAGAAGAAGAAGAGUUCAUCAGGGUGGAGUAAGCCCUCCAAUUGAAUGAGUUAUAUAAUUGGCCGGCCUUUUUAAUGUAUAUAGAUGUUUACAGGAUCUAAGGCUCCUAGUGUUUCUACUUGGCUCUACCUUGUUAAUUUAGGUAUCAUAGUCUAGUAAUGUAGACAGAGUGUUUCACAGGUGACUAGUUCAGUUACUGAGACGUGAAAUCUGUUUUCUUUUGUAAUGGCUUCCUUGUCAUUGUAGUGGAUAUGAAAUCCCAUGUAAGAUUAUUCAGAGCUGGAAACUUGGUUCUGUUAUGUUC